AUGGUAGCAUUUCUCACCAUUGCCAUCAACAACGAUGACUCUCUUUUUGUACUUGCUACAGGUUCAGUUUCUCCCAAAUACUCCAUUACUACCGUUGCAGGAGGUGGAAUUUCGGGCGCCACCGAUGCCACUUCCGUAACAUUGGACGCUCCCUCAGGAAUUGCUAUUGCAGCUAAUGGCACCAUUUACUUCACAGAAAAAGGUGCUGGUAAAAUACGACAACUGGACUAUGAUUCGAGCUCUGGCACGUAUUCGAUUGCGACCGUUUCUUCCUCUCUGACCAGUCCCAGUGGAAUUUCUAUUGACAAUUCGGGUAUGAUCUAUGUCUCAGAAUCAAAUCAAGUGAAAAACACAACGGAUGGUUCAAUUUUUCAAACCAUUUACUCGGGCUCAAAUCCACUAGGUGUGUCAUUUUACUCUUCGACGAAUUCUCUCUUUGUUGCUGAUAGUGGUAGUAAUGUGAUUGGCAAGGUUGACCUUUCGUUGUUAACUUCUUCUGUCCAUGCUGGUACAGUUGCAGGAUUUGAAAAUGGCGCGGCCACCACUGCUAAAUUCGACAAUCCCUUUGGUGUUGCUGUCAUUUCUGAUGGAUCUAGUGACGUCAUUGUCUAUGUGACCGAUAAAAACAAUAAUAGAAUUAGAAAGAUUUACCUCUCUGAAGUUUCUACGUUUGCAGGAAGUGGCUCUACAAAUGAACAAAAUGUUGAAAAUGUUACGGCUACAACUGUAGAUCUCAAUGGACCUCUUGCCAUUGCAGUAGCUCCUAAUGGAGAUGUUUUUUUCACAACCUCUACUAGAGUCCAUGUCAUUGAUGCUUCAUCUCAAAACAUUUCAACUGUGGCUGGAUCUGCAACUUCUGGAGAUGGUUCAGCUUUGGGAGCAACUUUGAGCUCACCUGAAGGUAUUGCAAUUUCAUCCGAUGGUAAAACUAUUUUCAUUGCCGACACUGGAAGCAAUUUGAUUCGUAAAAUUACGUUGGAUUAUUGCGAGAGUGGUUAUGUAUUUAACAGCGCUAGUUCCCUUUGCCUUCCUGUUUGUUAUGGAAUCUCUCAGAAUGAAACCAAUGUCUGUAACGGUCAUGGUUCAUGCACUGCACCAGGUGUAUGUGAAUGUGACAUCUCCCAUGGUGGAUUGAACUGUUCCAUUCCAAUUUGUUAUGGAUUUUUAGCCAAUGACACGAGUAAUGUUUGUAAUGGAAAUGGUACUUGUGCAGAUGUCGACAAGUGUGAAUGUUAUUCAGGACAUGGUGGCCUUAAUUGUGAAUAUUUGAAAUGUAAUGGUAUUUUAUCAAAUGAGACAUCAUUGGUUUGCAGUUCUCGUGGUAAUUGUACCGAAGUCGAUGUCUGUGAGUGCAAUUCUGGAUAUGGAGGUCAAUUCUGUGAGCUAUUGUACUGUAAUGGUACUCUCUCAAAUGACACAAGUGUGUGUAACAGUCGUGGCAAUUGUACCAACGUUGACAUGUGUGAAUGUAAUGCAAAUUAUGCUGGUGACAAUUGUGAAUAUGCACGAUGCAACGGUACGUUGGCAAACGAGACAUCCACAGUUUGUAGUGGUCGUGGUUCUUGCCAUGAUGUCGACGUCUGUGUUUGUAAUGAAGGUUAUGGUGGUCAAUUUUGUGAACUAGCUAAAUGCAAUGGAACUUUGGCAAACGAAACAUUGACAGUAUGUGGAGGAAGAGGAUCCUGUAAUGAUGUGAACACAUGCGUUUGCAACGCUGGUUUUGGAGGAGACAAUUGUGAACUCGCCACCUGUAAUGGUACUCUUUCAAAUGAGACAUCGACAGUCUGUAGCGGAAGAGGAUCUUGUAAUGAUGUUGACACCUGUGUUUGUAACUCAGGAUUUGGUGGUCAGUUUUGUGAACUUGCAAAAUGCAAUAACACUCUGGCAAACGAGACAUCAAUGGUUUGCAAUGGAAGAGGAUCAUGUAACGAUGUUGAUACUUGCAUUUGUAAUGUUGGAUUUGGUGGUCAAUUUUGUGAACUCGCAAAAUGUAACAGCACUGUUUCCAACGAGACUUUAAUUGUUUGCAAUGGUCGUGGAUCUUGCAAUGAUGUCGAUGUUUGUGUUUGUAAUGAAGGAUUUGGAGGUCCAUUUUGUGAACUCGCAACAUGUAAUGGAACUUUGGCUAAUGAAACAUUGACAGUAUGUGGAGGAAGAGGAUCCUGUAAUGAUGUGAACACAUGCGUUUGCAAUUCAGGUUUUGGUGGAGACAAUUGUGAACUCGCCACUUGUAAUGGUACUCUUUCAAAUGAAACUUCGACAGUCUGUAGCGGAAGAGGCUCUUGCAAUGAUGUGAAUACUUGUAACUGUUCAACUGGAUUUGGGGGCCAAUUUUGUGAGCUCGCACAAUGCAAUGGAACAUUGGCUAACGAAACAACGGCUUGCAGUGGAAGAGGAUCUUGUAAUGAUGUUGACACCUGUGUUUGUAACUCAGGAUUUGGUGGUCAGUUUUGCGAGCUAGCCAAAUGCAAUGGAACUCUAGCCAAUGAAACAGUAUGCAGCGGAAGAGGAUCUUGUAACGAUGUUGAUACUUGUGUUUGCAACACUGGAUUUGGUGGUCAGUUUUGUGAACUUGCAAAAUGCAAUAACACUCUGGCAAAUGAGACAUCAACGGUUUGCAGUGGAAGAGGAUCCUGUAAUGAUGUGAAUACAUGCGUUUGCAAUACCGGUUAUGGAGGUGAAUUUUGUGAGCUAUCCACCUGUAACAACACUUUGGCAAAUGAGACACUGAAUGUUUGCAAUGGAAGAGGAUCUUGUAACGAUGUAGAUGUUUGUGUUUGUAAUACUGGAUUUGGUGGUCAAUUUUGCGAACUUGCAAAAUGUAACAGCACUAUUUCCAACGAGACUUUAAUUGUUUGCAAUGGUCGUGGAUCUUGCAAUGAUGUUGAUACUUGUGUUUGUAAUGAAGGAUUUGGAGGUCCAUUUUGUGAACUCGCAAAGUGUAAUGGAACUUUGGCUAAUGAAACAUUGACAGUGUGUGGAGGAAGAGGAUCCUGUAAUGAUGUGAACACAUGCGUUUGCAAUUCAGGUUUUGGAGGAGACAAUUGUGAACUCGCCACUUGUAAUGGUACUCUUUCAAAUGAAACUUCGACAGUCUGUAGCGGAAGAGGAUCUUGCAAUGAUGUGAAUGCUUGUAACUGUUCAACUGGAUUUGGGGGCCAAUUUUGUGAGCUCGCACAAUGCAAUGGUACACUGGCAAAUGAAACCUCAAGUGUUUGCAAUGGAAGAGGAUCAUGUAACGAUGUUGACGUCUGUGUUUGCAACACUGGAUUUGGUGGUCAAUUUUGCGAACUCGCAAAGUGUAAUGGAACAUUGGCUAACGAAACGACCAAUGUUUGUAGUGCACGUGGCUCAUGCAACGACGUCGACGUUUGCGUCUGUCAUGGGGGUUAUGGAGGUCAAUUUUGUGAACUCGCCAUUUGUAAUGGUACUCUUGCAAAUGAAACAUCAACUGUAUGCAGUGGAAGAGGAUCCUGUAAUGAUGUGAAUACAUGCGUUUGCAAUACCGGUUAUGGAGGUGAAUUUUGUGAGCUAGCCACCUGUAACAACACUUUGGCAAAUGAUACACUUAAUGUUUGCAAUGGAAGAGGAUCAUGUAACGAUGUUGAUACUUGCAUUUGUAAUACUGGAUUUGGAGGUCAAUUUUGUGAACUCGCAAAAUGUAACAGCACUGUUUCUAACGAGACUUUAAUUGUUUGCAAUGGUCAUGGAUCAUGCAAUGAUGUCGAUGUUUGUGUUUGUAAUGAAGGAUUUGGAGGUCCAUUUUGUGAACUCGCAAAGUGUAAUGGAACAUUGGCUAAUGAAACAUUGACAGUGUGUGGAGGAAGAGGUUCCUGUAAUGAUGUGAACAGUUGCAUUUGUAAUACUGGAUUUGGAGGUCAAUUUUGUGAACUAGCUCAAUGCAACGGUACCUUGGCAAAUGAAACCUCAAGUGUUUGUAGUGGACGUGGUUCUUGCAAUGAUGUGAACACUUGUUACUGUUCGACUGGAUAUGGAGGUCAAUUUUGUGAGCUCGCACCAUGCAAUGGAACAUUGGCUAACGAAACAUCCUUUGUUUGUAGCGGAAGAGGCUCCUGUCAUGAUAUUGAUGUCUGUGUUUGCAACACUGGAUUUGGAGGACCAUUUUGUGAACUUGCAAAAUGCAAUGGAACUCUAGCCAAUGAAACAGUAUGCAGCGGAAGAGGAUCUUGUAACGAUGUUGAUACUUGCAUUUGCAACACUGGAUUUGGUGGUCAGUUUUGUGAACUUGCAAAAUGCAAUAACACUCUGGCAAAUGAGACAUCAACGGUUUGCAAUGGAAGAGGAUCAUGUAACGAUGUUGAUACUUGCAUUUGUAAUACUGGAUUUGGAGGUCAAUUUUGUGAACUUGCAAAAUGUAACAGCACUAUUUCCAACGAGACUUUAAUUGUGUGCAAUGGUCGUGGAUCUUGCAAUGAUGUCGAUGUUUGUGUUUGUAAUGAAGGAUUUGGCGGUCCAUUUUGUGAACUCGCAAAAUGUAAUGGAACUUUGGCAAACGAAACAUUGACAGUCUGCAGUGGAAGAGGUUCCUGUAAUGACGUGAAUACUUGCAUUUGUAAUACUGGAUUUGGAGGUCAAUUUUGUGAACUCGCUCAAUGCAACGGUACCUUGGCAAAUGAAACCUCAAGUGUUUGUAGUGGACGUGGUUCUUGCCAUGAUGUCGAAGUCUGUAUCUGUAGUGAAGGUUAUGGUGGUCAAUUUUGUGAAUUGGCCAAAUGUAAUGGCACUCUCUCCAAUGAAACAUCAACUGUUUGUACCGGUCGAGGUUCCUGUAAUGAUGUGAACACAUGUAUUUGUAAUGAAGGAUAUGGAGGAUCAUGGUGUGAACUCGCCAAAUGCAACAAUACUCUCGCCAAUGAAACCUCAACCGUAUGCAGUGGCCAUGGAUCAUGCAAUGACAUCAAUACUUGUGUGUGCUCGACUGGAUAUGCUGGUCCGUUAUGUGAACUCUUUUUCUGUAAUGGUACUCUCUCGAAUAGUAGUCUUGCUUGUAAUGGUCAAGGUGCUUGUACAAAUGUUGACAAGUGUGAAUGUAAUUCUCAGUACGAUGGUCCUUUCUGUCAAUACGCAAAAUGCAAUGGAACUUUGGCUAAUGAAACUUCAGUAUGUAGUGGAAAGGGUCAAUGCCAAGCAUUUGAUGUUUGUGAGUGUAAUUAUGGAUAUGGAGGUCAAUUCUGUGAACUUGUGAAAUGUAACGGUACUCUUCAAAACGAAACAUCCUUGGUUUGUAAUGGACAAGGAAGUUGUGACAAUGUCGAUUUUUGUCGAUGCUCUGCCAACUGGGGAGGUUCAUUCUGUCAAUAUCCAAAAUGUAAUGGUACAUUGCAAAACGAAACUUCAGUUUGUAGCGGAAGAGGUUCAUGUAACGACGUAGAUACUUGCGUGUGUAACAGUGAUUAUGGAGGUUCAUUCUGUGAGCUUGCAAAAUGUAAUGGAAUUCUCUCAAACGAGACAUCUGCUUGUUAUGGACAUGGUACAUGUGACGAUGUGAAUGUGUGUCGAUGUAACUCAAAUUACGUUGGUCCUAACUGUGAAUAUCCAAAAUGUAAUGGAAUUGCAUCCAAUGAAACAAGCACUGUGUGUUCAGGACAUGGUACUUGUCAAGGUGUCGAUCAAUGUGACUGUUUCUCAAAUUGGGGAGGUCCAUUCUGUCAAUAUCCAAAAUGUAAUGGUACUCUUUCGAACGAAACAACGACCGUUUGCAGUGGAUUUGGAAAUUGUACCAAUGUCGACACGUGUGAAUGCAGUUCGGGAUAUGGUGGUCAAUUCUGUGAAUUAUUCUAUUGUGAUAACAUUCUUUCCAACGAAACUUCAACGGUUUGCAGUGGAAGAGGUAAUUGUAUUGGCCCAAACAAGUGUACUUGUACCGAUCCAGCUUAUGGAGGAACCUUCUGUAACGUUGCCCUCUGUAAUGGAACUCUCGAAAAUGAUAGCUCUGUGUGUAGUUCUCACGGUUCUUGUGUUGCUGGAAAAUGUUCAUGUGCCUCCAAUUGGGGUGGUUUACUGUGUGAAAUGCCAAAAUGUAAUGGUACUUUGCAAAAUGAAACUUCAACCGUGUGUAGCGGAAGAGGUUCAUGUAACGAUGUGGAUACUUGUGUGUGUAACAGUGGUUAUGGAGGACAAUUCUGUGAGCUUGCAAAAUGUAAUGGCACUCUCUCCAAUGAAACAUCAACUGUUUGUACUGCUCGAGGUUCCUGUAAGGAUGUUGACGUUUGUGUUUGUAAUGAAGGAUUUGGUGGUCAAUGGUGUCAACUCGCUCAAUGUCAAGGAAUUCUUUCCAAUGAAACCUCUACGGUUUGUCAUGGACACGGAUCUUGCAACGAUGUCAAUGUUUGUGCUUGCCAUUCAGACUACUCAGGUCCAUAUUGUGAAUAUCCAAAAUGUAAUGGUACUUCAUCCAAUGAAACUUCAACCGUGUGCUCUGGACAUGGUAUAUGCCAAGGAGUGAAUGAUUGUGCUUGCUCCACAAAUUGGGGAGGACCAAAUUGUGAAUAUCCAAAAUGUUAUGGAAUUUUACAAAACGAGACAGCAACUGUUUGCAGUGGUCAUGGUUUUUGUGAUGAUGUCAAUGUGUGUCGAUGUCUUUCAAAUUAUGCUGGACCAAAUUGUGAAUAUCCAAAAUGCAAUGGUACUUCAUCCAAUGAAACAUCUACUGUAUGUCAUGCACACGGAACCUGUCAAGGAGUAGACUUCUGUGUGUGUUCAGCUGGUUGGGGAGGCCAAUUCUGUAAUCUUCCAAAAUGUAAUGGAACCUUGCAAAACGAAACUUCAGUUUGUAGCGGAAGGGGUUCAUGUAUCGAUGUCAAUAUUUGUGCCUGUAACAAUGAUUUUGGAGGUAGUUGGUGUGAAUUAGCCAAGUGUAGUAGCAUUUUGGCAAAUGAGUCUUCAACUGUUUGUAGCGGACAUGGAUCGUGUGAUGAUGUCAAUGUGUGUCGAUGUUCCUCCAACUAUGUAGGAUCUAAUUGUCAAUAUCCAAAAUGUUAUGGCAUUCCUUCCAAUGAAACUUCCACAGUUUGCUCAGGUCAUGGUAAUUGUAGCUCUCCAGAUGUUUGUUCAUGCACCACUGGAUGGUAUGGAACUAAUUGUCAAGUGCCAAUGUGUGCUGGACAAUUAGCCAACACGUCACAAGUGUGUAAUUAUGGAAAUGGUACCUGUAACACUCCAGGAGAUUGUUCAUGUCAUUCAGGAUGGACUGGUUCCGAUUGCUCGACUCCAAUUUGUUAUGGACGAACCUCUUCAGACGCAUGUUCCAGUCGAGGUACUUGUAUUUUGAACAAUACUUGUGUGUGUCCUUCGAAAUAUGAUGGUUUGGAAUGUCAAUUACACAAAUGUUAUGAAGUACUUAAUUCAUCCUCGAAUGUUUGUUCUGGAAAUGGAAAAUGUGUGGAUAGCGAUCAAUGUUCAUGUACUUCUGGAUAUGUUGGAUCGAAUUGUCAAUUAUUGUACCUUUCAUCUAUUUCCUUACAAUUUAACACAACCAAAGGACAAGUUCAAAAUUCCCAAGCUUCCAUUCAAUUAAGCAUCAAUGAUGGUCAAUUCUCUACCUAUUAUUCUGGUCGAACGGUGAGUGCCAAAUUUACCUUUGAAUUGAAUGGCAAUCUAGUCACAACUCUCAACAAGGACCUCUCGACCUCCAAAUUAGAAUUUCUAGUUCCAUCCUACGAUACCAAUGGUACCUUAACAGCAUACGUUGAACUUACCGAUAGCUCGACAAGUGUGAAAAUUUCUGCCAAGACGACCUCUUCAAAUUCCUUACUCAUUGAAAGCGUUCCCACAGUGACCGAUAAAAAGACAGAUGAUGGUAAUGGAGGAGUCAUUGCUGCUGCCGUAAUUGUUCCACUCGUGGUUGUGGGAGGAGUGGCUGCAGCAGCUGCGGGUGUGAUUGGAGUGGUAGCAUUCAAGAUGAAGGCAGCUGCAGCAGCAAAGGCUUCCACUUUGACACAUGCUCAAAAUUAUGACUUUGAAUUAGCAGAAGGAUUUUAA